AUGGAAGGUGGUGGAGGAGGAUCAGGCAGUCUGCCAGUCCAUCAGUCUGCCAGUCCAUCAGUCUGCCAGUCCAUCAGUUUGUCAGUCCAUCAGUCAGCCAGCUCAUCAGUCAGCCAGUCCAUCAGUCAGCCAGUCCAUCAGUCUGCCAGUCCAUCAGUUUCUCAGUCCAUCAGUUUGUUAGUCCAUCAGUUUGUCAGUCCAUCAGUCAGCCAGUCCAUCAGUUUGCAGUCCAUCAGUUUGUCAGUCCAUCAGUCAGCCAGUCCAUCAGUUUGCAGUCCAUCAGUUUGCAGUCCAUCAGUUUGUCAGUCCAUCAGUUUGCAGUCCAUCAGUUUGUCAGUCCAUCAGUCAGCCAGUCCAUCAGUUUGUCAGUCCAUCAGUUUGUCAGUCCAUCAGUUUGUCAGUCCAUCAGUCAGCCAGUCCAUCAGUUUGUCAGUUCAUCAGUCAGCCAGUCCAUCAGUCAGCCAGUCCAUCACUCAGCCAAUCCGUCAGUCUGCCAGUCCAUCAGUCUGCCAGUCCAUCAGUCAGCCAGUACCUCAGUCAGCCAGUCCAUCACUCAGCCAGUCCAUCACUCAGCCAGUCCAUCAGUCUGCCAGUCCAUCAGUCAGCCAGUCCAUCAGUCAGCCAGUCCAUCAGUCUGCCAGUCCAACAGUCAACCAGUCCAUCAGUCUGCCAGUCCAUCAGUCAGCCAGUCCAUCAAUCAGCCAGUCCAUCAGUCUGCCACUCCAACAGUCAGCCAGUCCAUCAAUCUGCCAGUCCAUCAGUCAGCGAGUCCAUCAGUCUGCCACUCCAACAGUCAGCCACUCCAACAGUCAGCCAGUCCAUCAGUGUGCCAGUCCAUCAGUCUGCCAGUCGAACAAUCAGCCAGUCCAUCAGUCAGCCAGUCCAUCAGUCAGCGAGUCCAUCAGUCUGCCACUCCAACAGUCAGCCACUCCAACAGUCAGCCAGUCCAUCAGUCAGCCAGUCCAUCUGUCUGCCAGUCCGCCAGUCAGCCAGUCCAUCAGUCAGCCAGUCCAUCAGUCUACCAGUCCAUCAGUCAGCCAGUCCAUCAGUCAGCGAGUCCAUCAAUCUGUCAGUCCAACAAUCAGCCAGUCCAUCAGUCAGCCAGUCCAUCAGUCAGCCAGUCCAUCAGUCGGCCAGUCCAUCAGUCUGCCAGUCCGCCAGUAUAUCGAUCAGUAUUACCUACCAACACAGUUCUUGGGAGACGGGUACAGCUCCAUAACACACUACAACCUUGUUGUAUCAUAA